UAACCGGAAGUGAGACGUAACGUUUGUUAUGGAAAAACGAAGCAACCACAUAGUCGAAAGAAAGAUGGAGGAAAACGUAGAGGAGUUCAAGCUGAUAUUUGAGAAGGAGGGGGUGUACCUCCACACCAACGCCAAGAGGAGCAACCUGGACACCUCUAUCCCGGGGUUCAUCCGGAUCGUGGAGCGGGCUGGGAUUCCAGCUUUAGAGUGGAGCCCCCUGGAGGAUGAGGGCCGCAGUGCCCCCGCUGUUCUCUACACCAGAAGGGAUGGUGAAGGAGGGGAGGAGGACACGAACUUUGACCCGGGCUACGAGCCCGACUGGGCGGUCAUCAGCACAGUGAAGAAAGACCGCGAGCACGUCCCCAUGAAGGAUUCAGGCGAGUGGGCCUUCAGCCUCCCUCUGUCGGAGCUCUACUCCCUCCGGAGGGCGCGCUUCUCCCUGGGACGAAACUUCCUGGUGCUGACCAGCAGAGGCGGGCACCCGCUGCCCCCCCUGCACUUCCACAGAGGCGGGACCAGAGAGCUGCUCCGGGCGCUGCAGCAUUACAUCAUCCUGGACCAGUCACCUGUUGAUGGGCGGCUCUUCCUGGCAUACCCCCGGGACGCCGGCGCCUUCUCCCAGUCCUUCGAUAAGCUGCAUCUCCUCGACGACGGAGGCUCCGAUCUCGUCUCGAGAUUCAUCCAUGAUCCGUAUGCCACAACCUUCGGUGGAUUUUCCAAAGUCACCAAUUUCUUCAGGGCGGCUCUUCGGCCUCCCGACUCGCCGGCCCACUCGGGGGGGUCCGCUCAGGACCGAAAUCUGCCCUCGCAGCCCGACGACGAGCCCGGGUUCGAAGUCAUCACAUGCCUCGGCCCCCGACCAGACGUCACCAGAGGACACCCGCUGGACAAGUGGGAGGAGUUUCUCGACUCGGAGGGGCGCGUGAAGAACCCGGAGAAGAUCAAAGAUCUGGUGUUCGGAGGGUUCCUCCUGGGUUUCUACCCCUGGAACAGCACAGCGAAGGAAAGGGAAGACAUUCUCCGGGGCAAAACGGAUGAGUACUUCAGAAUGAAGGUGCAGUGGAAGUCGGUCAGCGAGGAGCAGGAGAUGAGGAACUCCCUCCUCCGGGGGUACAGGAGCCUGAUCGAGAGAGACGUCAGCCGGACGGACAGGAACAACACAUUUUUCUCUGGAAACGACAACCCAGGACUGACCCUGCUCCACGACGUGCUGAUGACCUACUGCAUGUUCAACUUUGACCUGGGUUACGUCCAGGGGAUGAGUGACCUCCUGGCUCCCAUCCUGUUUGUUACCCAGAACGAAGUGGAGUCCUUCUGGUGCCUGACGGGCUUCAUGGAGCUUUUGCAUCAGAACUUCGAGGAGUCCCAGGAGGCCAUGAAGCAGCAGCUCCUGCAGCUCAGCGCCCUGCUGAAGGCCCUGGACCCCGAGCUGUGCGACUUCCUGGGUCAGUCCGCUCUCAGUCUCCCCAUCAGACUCAACUCCGGCAGGCUUCUGUGUUUUCUGUUAAUCAUUAAAAUGGGAACUUCUGCUUGGUGUGCAGACUCGCAGGACAGCGGCUCGCUUUGCUUCUGCUUCCGCUGGCUCCUCAUCUGGUUCAAGAGGGAGUUCUCCUUUGAGGACAUCCUCACCUUAUGGGAGGUCCUCUGGACUCGGCUUCCCUGCGAGAACUUCCACCUGCUGAUCGCCUGCUCCAUCCUCCAGUCCCAGAGAGGGGAGCUGAUUGGCUCAGACCACGACUUCAACACUAUUCUGAAGCACAUCAAUGAGCUGACCAUGAAGCUGGACCUGCAGACGGUCCUGCGGGAGGCGGAGGGCAUCUACCUGCAGCUGGUCCAGUGCAAGGAGCUUCCCCUGCCGGUGCAGCGGGUCCUGGGCCUCUACGUGCCGUCCAGCUCUGAGGAGGACAGCCCGGACUCGCAGAGCGGCGAGCGGCGGCGCCCCGUCCAGCCCUCGCCGGCGGGAGCCGCCUCCCCCGCUUCGCCACGCGUUCCCACCUACCCUUAACCCCCUAAAACAACUGCCCGACCGGCGGUUAUCAUCAAAUGUCCGAACGAUAUUUAGCAAUGAAGUAUACACAAGAAGGAAUGUGCUGUGAUCGGGAAUGUGGAAUGUUAUUUCUUUCAGAGGCAGGGGGCGCUGUUGAGGUUACUUUCCUUUGAUAUGAGUUUAAAAAUCUGUAAUGUUUCCUUUUUUGUGUGUGUUUGUGUGCCCUAUUUGGUCUCAACAGCUCGGUCUUUGUUUUACAUGCCAUUUUGUUUCCCUUCCGCGUCCUCCCGACCUGCUGCUAACUGAGAAGCUGCACUCCAGGGGCUUCCUCUUUAGUUUCUUUGUCCGGUCGUGCCACCUCUCCUCUAUAUCUGUAAAGGGAAGACAUGAAGGUUUGAACUCUCCGGCAGCAUCUGGUUAGUGUUUUAAUCAUGCCAUUCCAGCCCCUAUGCAAAGACUUUGCAUGCCUUAUAGUUUUUACAAGCCGCGUGGUAACAUUUUAAGCCUUGGAACUCUCCGUAUUAUGUAAUAGCGUUUUCAUCUUCAUAAUUACCGAAUAAAUAUUUAAACCUU